AUGAACACUAAUUCACUCAUCAGCCACCCAUGUACUCUGUGCUGUAUGCCGACCACUAUGUGGUGCAGCCGAUGCCAAAAUGCUUGGUACUGCUCUCCUGAUCAUCUCUCCAGCGACUGGCCACGCCACAAGCGGGAGUGUGCCCCUGUCAACGCUGCUGCUGCUCAGCAGCAGCCAUACAACAUGAUAGCAACGCCUGCGCCCGUUCAGCAAGAGCUAAUCGCUGUGUCAGCUCUUUUGUUCACGCCGGAAGAAGAGCGCUCAAAGAUCAUUUCAGUCCAGUGCCGCCCGCAGGGGACGCUUUCCCAGGGCAUUUGUCCCCUCCCUCUGAGCAUGCCACCAAAUACCAUCAUCCUCACGCAAGGGCUCAAUGGCGAGGCCCUGCGCUUCCCGUUGCACAUCUGGUACUGCCCUGUCGCACUGCAAAGGGGGUCCCCAGUCAAUCGUGCCAUAUUUCGCAUCACUUCGGGUGCGGCGGAGAAAGCCUGGUGUGGGCCUGUUGUUGUUCUCAAAUUUAACGGAUCACGUAGGCAAGGCUACACUGAUGCUGGCUCGAACGAUCUCCCAGCCUUGUCGGCAUAUUUCCUCGCGUAUAAGUGA